GCGAGAUCCGGGUUGGCGCCGUGACCUCCAUGUGGGAGCUAGAGCUCUAUAAGUAAACACUCCGCGCGGCGCCGACCAGGCUUCCUCUUAUUCGUGGGGCUUGGUUUGCGGCGGGUGCAAAGCAUCGGAGCCACGGACUGGUUCCGGUUUCUUUUCCGUAUCUCUGUUGGGUGGUCGAGAGGUCUAGAGUAGUCGCCGCCUGUCCAGUCCCAUCUGAUCGGUUUCCCUCGCCGGUGAACUCGCUCUCUCCCCCAUCGGCCGCGGAGAGCCGGAGCCGCCUAGGAGGCGGCGCGGGCCGGGCGGGGCGCGGCGCCCCGAGCGCAGGGGGAGACAAAGCCGAGCCGACCCCUUCUCCCUGCUCCAAGAUGUGGAUCCAGGUUCGCACCAUCGACGGUUCUCAGACGCGUACCAUUGAGGACGUGUCUCGCAAAGCCACGAUUGAGGAGCUGCGUGAGCGGGUGUGGGCGCUGUUCGACGUGCGGCCCGAGUGCCAGCGCCUUUUCUACCGGGGCAAGCAGUUGGAAAAUGGAUAUACUUUAUUUGACUAUGAUGUUGGACUAAAUGAUAUAAUUCAGCUGCUAGUUCGUCCAGAUUCUGAUCUUCCAAGCACAUCUAAACAGACUGAUAUACAGGCUAAACCCUGUUCUAAUAGUCCACCUAAAGUAAAGAAAGCCCCAAGAGUAGGGCCUUCCAGUCAGCCAUCUACAUCGACUCGUGAUUUUCUUAUUGACCCUGGCAUUGGACUAUAUAAGGUGAAUGAAUUGGUGGAUGCCAGAGAUGUCGGCCUUGGUGCUUGGUUUGAAGCACGUAUACAUAGUGUUACUAGAGCUUCUGAUGGACAUUCACGUGGCAAAACUCCACUGAAGAAUGGCAGUUCUUGUAAAAGGACUAAUGGAAAUGUAAAUCAUAAUUCCAAAGAGAACACAAAUAAAUUGGACAAUGUACCCUCUACAUCUUAUUCAGACUCUGUUGCUGCUGAUGAAGACGUUAUUUAUCAUAUCGAGUAUGAUGAAUAUCCAGAAAGUGGUACUGUAGAAAUCAAUGUCAAGGAUCUUCGACCACGAGCUAGAACCAAUUUGAAAUGGAGUGAAUUAAAUAUCGGCGAUGUGGUAAUGGUUAAUUACAAUGUAGAAAGUCCUAAAGAUAGAGGAUUCUGGUUUGAUGCAGAAAUUACCUCAUUGAAGACAAUCUCAAGGACUAAAAAAGAACUUCAUGUGAAUAUUUUCUUGGGGGGUUCGGAAGGAAAAUUAAAUGACUGCCAAAUAACAUUUGUAAAUGAAAUCUUCAAGAUCGAGAAACCUGGAGCCCAUCCUCUUUCACUGGCAGAUGGAAAGUUUUUAAGGAAAAAUGACCCUGAAUGUGACUCUUGUGGUGGAGACCCAGACAAGCAAUGUCACUCUUGUUCUUGUCAUAUAUGUGGUGGAAAACAGGAACCCAACAUGCAGCUUCUAUGUGAUGAAUGUAAUAUGGCUUAUCAUAUUUACUGCCUGAAUCCACCUUUGGACAAAGUCCCUGAAGAGGAAUACUGGUAUUGCCCUUCCUGUAAAACUGAUUCCAGCGAAGUUGUUAAGGCUGGUGAACGACUCAAGAUGAGUAAAAAGAAAGCAAAAAUGCCAUCAGCAAGUACUGAAAGCCGGAGAGACUGGGGCAGGGGAAUGGCCUGUGUUGGUCGCACUAAAGAAUGUACUAUCGUUCCUUCCAAUCAUUAUGGUCCUAUUCCUGGGAUCCCUGUAGGAUCAACUUGGAGAUUUAGAGUUCAGGUGAGUGAAGCAGGUGUCCAUAGGCCCCAUGUUGGCGGAAUUCAUGGUCGAAGUAAUGAUGGAGCUUAUUCUCUUGUCUUGGCUGGUGGAUUUGCAGAUGAAGUAGACCGUGGUGACGAAUUCACAUACACUGGGAGUGGUGGUAAAAAUCUUGCUGGUAAUAAAAGAAUCGGUGCACCAUCGGCUGAUCAAACAUUAACAAACAUGAACAGGGCGUUGGCCCUAAACUGUGAUGCUCCAUUGGAUGAUAAAAUUGGAGCAGAGUCUCGGAAUUGGAGAGCUGGUAAGCCAGUCAGAGUGAUACGCAGUUUUAAAGGGAGGAAGAUCAGCAAAUAUGCUCCUGAAGAAGGCAACAGAUAUGAUGGCAUUUAUAAGGUGGUGAAAUACUGGCCAGAGAUUUCAUCAAGUCAUGGAUUCUUGGUUUGGCGCUAUCUUUUAAGAAGAGAUGAUGUUGAACCUGCCCCCUGGACCUCAGAAGGAAUAGAACGGUCAAGAAGAUUAUGUCUGCGUUUACAGUAUCCAGUAGGUUACCCUUCAGAUAAAGAAGGGAAGAAGACUAAAGGACAGUCAAAGAAGCAGACCAGUGAAGUCUCAAAAAGGUCAAAUAUAGAUGAUGAUUGUCCAAGUGCCUCCAAAGUGUUCAAAGCAUCAGAUUCAUCAGAAGCUGUUGAGGCUUUCCAGCUAACCCCUCAACAACAAAACCUAAUCAAGGAAGAUCAUCAAAACCAGAAGCUAUGGGAUGAAGUACUUGCAUCUCUUGUGGAAGGACCAAAUUUUCUGAAAAAAUUGGAACAAUCUUUUAUGUGUGUUUGCUGCCAAGAGCUAGUUUACCAGCCUGUAACAACAGAUUGUCUCCACAAUGUCUGCAAAGAUUGUUUACAACGCUCCUUCAAGGCUCAAGUGUUUUCCUGCCCUGCUUGCCGGCAUGAUCUUGGCCAGAAUUACAUCAUGAUUCCCAAUGAGAUUCUGCAGACUCUACUUGACCUAUUCUUCCCUGGCUACAGCAAAGGACGAUGAUCUCUCUGCUUCUACCAUGUUGCUCUUCAUGGCUUUUUGGACAAUAAAGAAUCUAAAAUGGGUUGGGGGGGGUGGAGUAUGGAAGCAAAGGUGGACCAUCUCUCUCACAUUCUGAAGCAGCUAAUCCUCUUUCCUAUGUAGCCAUCAUCUUGUGUGUGUAGUAAGAGGCCCAUUUCUCAGCUGUCUUUUAAAUAUCAAAAGGUAGUUCCUGUCAAAAACAACUAGUUUUAAUGAGUAAAAAGUCAAAACCUCAGCUCUAGUUGAUAUCCAAGUUAUGAUUUAUUUUGCAACUACCUCAGGACAGAAAAGAUUUAUGGGGAUUUUUUAAAUCAUUGAAUAAUUAGUUAAAUGAAAUUUUAGCUACACACUGCCUCUCAAUUAUUAGUUGUGCCUGGUUCAUUUAAUUUGAUUUUACAAAAAAGGAAAUGACUCUUGAGAUCUUUGGAAUGAACACAGCUUCUGUAGUGUGCAUACUUUUUUUAAUGUCUCUUUUUCCAUGGCAAUGUGUGUUUUUUAGCCCAUUUUGUGAAAUCCAUUGUGCUUUUUUCUGGUGUUUUAUGCAAGUUGACUACUAAUGACUAAUGAGAACAAUAUGAAUGCAUUGUUGCUACAUUAGUGUAAUGUGGUGUGGUUUUGCACUUAAAAGAGGUAUUCAGAUGCUCUAGUUGUAAAUGUUCAUGAAAAGCCUCUUCUGUACUAGUCAAACUGCUUUUAGUGAGUCCCACCAGUAAUUUUACAUCUGCAGAGCAUUGAGGACUGGGCUGACUUUUGAGAGGAUUGAAAUUGCUUCAUAAUUGUGAUCCUAAAUUUUAUAUACACUAUAUUCCCUAAAGUAUACCUUAAUAAAUAUUUUAUGACCAGAAAAAUAGCUCAUCUUGCUUCAGUUUUUUAUAUUUGUCUGGCUUAUAGUAUGUAUUUUUAAGAAUCAGUCAUUCCCAGAGUAGUUCACUGUAUGUUUUUAUUGAAACAUAUUUUGUACAAUUUUUACUAUUGAUUUUUGGUAAUGAGAACUAGUAUGAAAUCUUAAGCAACUAAGGACAAAUUUCUCCCUGUAUUUGACUUUUUUUAUUAAUUGGGAAACAUUCUCAAAAUAAGACCCCAGUGAUUUUUUUUUAAUAUAUAACAAUUUCAGUCUUAUGUUCAAUUUUAGCAUAACCAGUGGUAAAUUUUACUUAACAGACAUGACAUUAUAGAACAUUGUUCUAGUCUCUCAAACUAUCUUUUGAGGGAAUACUAGAAUUAUUUAUCUUGAUCUUAGUAAUGGUAUAUAUAUAUUUAUAUAUUGUCAAUAUUAAUCUCUAAACUUAGAAUUUGUGCUUUUUACUAUAUGCUCUUCAUACGUCAACAAGCAGCAUAAAGAUAAGCAAAGCAAAACAAAUCAUUGAAGCUGAAUAACUGCCAAAACUUCAGCCAUACUCUAUCCACAUGGUUCCUGCAGCAUUAAGUUUACAACUCUUAAAAUUUUAUUACUUAAAAGAGAACAUUUUAGCUAUCUGGAAAACAGCUAUUUAUAAUAACAGUUCUUUAGAGCUACAAUUUUUACCCUUUUUUUGCAUUUUUUUCAACAUCAGUUUUUAAAUUUGACUUUGGGUGUUUCAGUUGGGUAUUUGUCCUUGUACAUCAAAUGAUUUUAUUUUCAUCAGAGCUGUUAAUUACUAUGAUUGAAUUGGUUUUGUCACCUCUGAAUUCAGAGCUAUAUAUAGCCAAUAUUAAAUAUUUGCUUUGCAAUAGUCACUUGUACAUUUUUAUGUACUAUCAAUUCUAAGAAGCAAGUACUAUCACCCAUCUUAAGGAUAAUCAUCUAAGGCACAUAUAGCUUGUAAAAAAUUGACCCAAGAUCAUAUGUAAAGCAAGUGGCACAGCUAUGCCCUAAGAUGAAACAAUUUGUAUCCAAACCUAGCAAUAUUGACUUUGUGCUGUAGACUCUGACAUUUAAAUACACACCAAAGUAGUUAUUGCUUUACUUGUAUAUACUUAAAUUCAAAGUCAAUUUCUAGGAAACAUAGCAUAGCAAUUAGAACUGUUGUCACUUGGGUCUAGCUAGAGAUUUGGAAUCAUUUUUAUUUUGAAGAAUCCAAUUUAAAUAGGGCCUUCAUAGAUUGAAAAUAAUCAUUAAUUUGCAUCAUCUUUUCCCUCCAGCAUUGGCCAUGUUUCUGCAUGAGGAAUGGGGAAGUAGCAACAGUUUUAGCUACUUUGACUGAUUUAGUUUUAUCACUUUUAUUAGCAAAAUGAUUGCCACAAUUAUGCUGUAUAUUGUCAUUGUUAUAACUUGGUAGAUCAGAAAAGAAAGCUGAAACAUUUUCAGAAAUGUCAAGAAUGGCCCAAAGUUAAGUAAUGUUGUGUUACUCAAAGACAAGUUUUCUUACAUAAAUAGUGUCAUUGUGUCAUCAUACAUGGGUGUUGUAUUUUAAAUUUGAUCCAAAUAAGGAUCAUACAUUAUUAUUGCUAGCUCUUAAAGAUCUUUUCAUCUGUUUGUAUCACCUGAAUCAUUUCUUUUACCAUUUGUAAUUUAUGUGUUGAAAUUGGUCUAGAACUUUUCUGACAAUAGAUUUUGUUGAUUAUAACUAUGUGAUAGAUCUUAAUCUGUCUUUAUUAUCUACAAAAUAGUAGCUAGAAUUCAAGCAUGACCACAUUCAGAUUUGGUUUUGUUUUUUGUUUUUUGCUUUUUUUUCUGGCAACUUCUUCAUAGGUGAUACAGAAGGUGGGACAUAGAUAGAACCUGGUUGUCGCUUAUUCAGCUUGAAAGAUGAGCUUUUCACUGCAUUCAUUAUGUUCUGUAGGUUAUCAAAUACUCAGCCACUUUCAGAUGGUUAGGAUCUUUUUCCUUAUUUUGUUCAAUUAGGGUAGGUAGGGUCCAUAGUUUUAGAACUUAUUUUUAAAUAAUAUGGUACAUUCAACAAUGUAAAUACUAUUAUGUUUAAAUAUAUUAGGUGUAAACUUUUAAGAGGCUACCGAGCCAAAACCAUCGCUCUCAUAGCCCUAUUGUGACAAUUUGGCAUGACAAUGGAAAAACAUCCCACUCACUUACAUAACUUAAAGCUUUGUAUAAAUUCUACUAAUACAGGCUAGAAAGAGAGCUGUUGUGACUUGCCACGGUCUUCUAUUUCUUUGUGAUUAGAAAUCAAACCUUUCCCUGUUCUUCAGGCCACCUGAAAGAUAGAGAUUAUGACUCUACCUGUCUUGAAGGAGUUGAGCUUGGUAGUCAUCACCAGCGGUUAGAAGAGCAACCUUUGGUUUCCCCCCAUCCACUGUCUGCUGACUGGCCCCCACACAGGACCUUCAAAUCACUGUCAGAACUGAUGUGUAGUAACCUGGAUUAACAACACUACACAAUAAAAAAAGAUUAAUCACAAAUCCCUGGACACAAGAAAUCAGGAGCUAGUUAGAGGGAUAAAGCAGGCAGACAAAAUGUCUGUAAAGGGAAAAAAGUGAGUUUUGCAACUACAUCCUCAAGUAUAAGCUUUCAUGAAAAGAAUAAAAGCAAGCUGCUGUGUGAAGUAUAGUUUGGUAUUUUACUCUUGGAAAUAAACAUGAUUGUAAAAAUGCAAUAGACAGAAUGGAUACUGCCAAAAUUUGAACGUAUGACUGAGUAAUCCAAUAUAUGGAUACCCCAUAAUUUGUUUAUUCAUCUGGAUAUUUGGGUUGUUUCCAGUAUUUUGUAUUAUAAAUAAAGUGACUGUGAACCUU